CUUAACAACUGAACAAGUCAGUUAAAUAGAAUACAAGGCACAGAACGUGACACAGAAAAAACAUAAAUACGUAAACACAAUGCAGAAAAGUUAUGCACCAAAUACGAAGAAGCCCAAACCGAAGAGGAAGUUCGCCUUUGGCAUUGGUUUCUAUAGGAAAUCCUCCGAGUUGGAGGAGCGAACGACCAGCAAUCGCGAUUAUGGAUUGAAAAGCUCCAAGGGAACGGGCACUCCAUAUCCGCAAAAACAACCGAAAUUGGAUCAUUCCAUUCUAACGGCCAAAUUGGAGUCGGAGAGUCUGAUCCGAUCGGUAUUAAGCGAGACAUCGGUGUGCAGCUCCCCGGAACCAAAAGUGGCAUCCAUGGGUGCAUCCGAUCCCACGUUUGAGAUGAGGCGAAAGCUGUUCGACGAGGGCGAGUUCACCAUCUGCAAGGGUCGCAAACUGAGCCUGGAGUUUCAUCAUACAGACGAGAAUCAAAACCAAGUGUUGCACCAAACGUCGAAGACCACCGAUAAUUUUCCCUACAGCAAUUACAUGGAUCUGAAGAACUUCUGCGAUCAGCACAACAUUAAAUUAUUAUAAAGCGUUCGCCAUUGCAGUCAGCGAAUUAGGAGCGGGAAUGAAGUGCAGGAGUCGGGUAUUCCAUCUCUGCAUCUCCACCAUCUCCACCAUCUGUCCCACUUGAAAGUGUCACUCACGGAGGAUAAAUGGUGCCAAGUGCAGCGGAAAAACCAGGAUGCAAGUGAGAGUGAGGGAUUGUGGAUACCUGCUACGCACAUCGUUCUUGCUAAACGCUUUUUCCACUUCAAAGAAUUACGGGGUAUUCAAUUCAUUUAGAAACUUUAAAACCCACCCGCACGCUUACUAAUAAAGAGAUCUUAUAAAGGUUGUAGUAAA